GUGUGUGUGUUGUUGGGCGGGAAUAGUAGGCGUAGCCGCAGCAUCUAUGUAUGAAAACCAUGUGAGAGACAACAGAGAGACACAAGACGCAACUUUACGCACGGCGACACUUGUACUUUUUGAUAAUAAUCUGAGCGCUUAUUGAAGAUAUGUUGCUGCUGAGGACUUUUGCUCCCUGGUUGCUGUUGGCUUUCCUCGGGCAGCAGGUCUCUCUCUCCUCCGGUGCGCGCAAUAAGAACAAAGGAGUGGAGAAGACGGUGACUCCAGCAUCAGGCAGAGCGCAGAGGAGCGGGGACAAGUCUGCAGCGACUGCCCGGGGAAAGUUCUCCACCAAUGACAAGAUGCAGUGCACGUGGACGGCGAGAGACGUCGGAGACACAGUGAGGCUGUCGGUGAAAUGCGAGAACCCUGCGGCGCGCGUCAAAGGCGGAGUCACCGAUAUGAGCUGUAAUUAUAACGGCAAACCUCAGCGCUGCCCGGGGUACCAGUCCGACACGAAGGACUUCUGGAAACAGGUGUCCCGCGCGUUCAAAAGGAUGCAAGGCAAAGUGUGCCAGGACGACCGCGCGCUGGUGAAGGCUGGCAUGUGUAAGCGCGCGCCCCGGGAUGCGCACUUCAAGCUGGACUUGUCGAGCUCUGUCAGCUCCGCUCAGUCCGGAGAUCCGGAGACACCCAAACUGCCGCAGCCACCUCGCUCCACUGCCGCCUCCACCUCCACCUCCACCUCUCCGACCGCCUGCACGAAGCGCGCGGACCAUCGGAAAAAGGCUGAGGAGCACUGCAGCGACUCGUGGGCCAGUCUGUGCACUUUCUUUUUCUCCAUGCUGCAAAGUGACGACUGUUAGCCUCACGUGGACACGAUCAGACUGGAUUUAUAAUAGGACUCACUGUGUUUGCUAAACCUGUCAACAAAUUAAUCAUUUUUAAUUGAUAAUAAUCAGAUAUUUCUCUCUACAGUUCUUACAGACGUGAACUGAGUAACCACACACACCAACAUGACAUGUUUUAUAUUACCUGUGCAGAUGUGGAUAUUUUCAGGUGUUUAUCAGGUGUUUUUAAUGUGAUCAGAUAAUCUGAAUUGAAGAUAUUAUUGCCAUUAAAUAUUGUAAUCUAUCACCAGACUUUAAGGUAUUCAGUAUUUAAAUUUUAUGCUACUUCAUUACAUUUAUCUGGCAGUUAUUUCUUUAAGUGUUCAUCCAAAAUGUAAUGAGAUUAUAAAGUAUGAUUUAUUGUUACAGAUUACAAACAAUAAAGUAAAAACAAAUGCUCCAAUUUGGCCAACUACACCAUUGAAAUGCUGCUCACGCAUCAAAUAACAGAGGAUCAUAAGUGACCAUUGUGAGUAUUUUUACUUAGAUACUUGAAGUACUGAUAAAUCUUCUGUAAUUUUACAUGAGACUUUAAAUAUUGAGUUUUCAGCUUUAAGUUUUAAUGAACAAAUAUUAAUGUUAACAAAAAGCAACAAUAAGAUUAUAAUACACAACAGGUACAACAAGUCUGACAACAUGACCACUUAACACAAACGUCCAACCAA